AUGGAAGAAAGUAGUAUUGAUGUAGAAAACAGUAAAGUAGAAGCUAAACAAUUAAAAUUUGCUACACCAAUUUUACAAAAGCAUGUUGAAUUAGCUGUUUUUAAAUUAAAAACUUUAAUUAAAAAUAAAGAGAAAGGAAUAUUUGAUAAUGUUAAAUUUAACAUUCAAAUUAAGUCAAUUCAGUAUCACUUAAAGUUCACUAUUAAAGCAAUGGGAGGUAAAUUAGUUGAAAAAUAA